UUUCUUCCACCACAUCUUUCAAACUCCAUCAUCCGCAGUCGAGCAACACCUCCUCGACCACACAACACGCAUCUCCCUCGACUCUGAAAGCGGUCGCUGCGAGAAAAUCAGCGCGCGCGCAAGAACUGCAUUCGGCGUUCGAAUCCAGCGCCCCGACCCCGUCCACCACACGAGUCGACACAAACACAGAUACCACUCCCCUACAGCGCCGCCAUCAUGUCUGCGGAGCCAGACCACAGCCAGAGCAAGGGCAAGGGCAAGGUCAAGCUCGACAAUGACCCCAGCGGCAAGGAGCAUCGCGAGGAGGACGCCACCGCAACCGCCAUCCUCAAGAAGAAGAAGAAGCCUAACAGCUUGUUGGUGACCGACGCCACCACCGAUGACAACUCCAUCCUGGCGCUGUCCAACAACACCAUGGAGCAGCUGCAGCUGUUCCGUGGCGACACCGUUCUCGUCAAGGGCAAGAAGCGAAAGGAUACCGUCCUCAUCGUGCUCGCCGAUGACGACCUCGAUGACGGCUCCGCGCGCAUGAACCGCGUUGUCCGACACAACCUCCGCGUCAAGCUCGGCGACGUCGUGACUGUCAACCCAUGUCCCGACAUCAAGUACGCCAAGCGUAUCGCUGUCCUCCCCAUGGCCGACACCAUCGAGGGUCUGACUGGCUCCCUCUUCGAUGUCUUCCUUGCACCAUACUUCCGCGAAGCCUACCGCCCGCUCCGACAAGGCGACCUCUUCACAUGCCGCGCUGCCAUGCGGACGGUGGAAUUCAAGGUCGUCGAGAUCGACCCGCCAGAGUAUGGUAUUGUGGCUCAAGAUACAGUCAUCCACUGCGAGGGCGAGCCAAUCCAGCGUGAAGACGAGGAGGGCAAUUUGAACGAGGUGGGUUACGACGACAUUGGUGGCUGCCGCAAGCAGAUGGCACAAGUUCGCGAGCUUGUUGAGCUGCCACUUCGGCAUCCACAGCUCUUCAAGUCCAUUGGUAUCAAGCCUCCGCGAGGAAUUCUCAUGUACGGUCCUCCCGGUACUGGUAAGACGCUGAUGGCGCGUGCCGUUGCCAACGAGACUGGUGCUUUCUUCUUCCUUAUCAACGGACCAGAAAUCAUGUCAAAGAUGGCAGGAGAAUCCGAGUCGAAUCUUCGCAAGGCUUUUGAGGAGGCUGAGAAGAACAGCCCGGCUAUCAUCUUCAUCGACGAAAUUGACUCCAUUGCACCAAAGCGUGAGAAGACCAACGGCGAGGUCGAGCGCCGUGUCGUCUCUCAACUGCUCACCCUCAUGGACGGCAUGAAGGCCCGCUCCAACGUUGUGGUCAUGGCCGCCACUAACCGCCCGAACUCCAUCGAUCCAGCCCUCCGUCGUUUCGGUCGUUUCGAUCGCGAAGUCGACAUCGGUAUUCCAGAUCCAACCGGCCGUCUCGAGAUCUUGCAGAUCCACACCAAGAACAUGAAGCUCGCUGACGACGUUGACCUGGAGUCCAUCGCCGCAGAGACCCACGGUUACGUCGGUUCCGAUAUUGCAUCUCUCUGCUCAGAAGCCGCCAUGCAGCAGAUUCGUGAGAAGAUGGAUCUUAUCGACUUGGAUGAGGACACAAUCGACGCUGAGGUGCUUGACAGCCUGGGUGUCACACAAGAGAACUUCCGCUUCGCUCUCGGUGUCAGCAACCCAUCCGCACUUCGCGAGGUCGCCGUUGUCGAAGUGCCCAACGUGCGGUGGGAGGAUAUUGGUGGUCUCGAGGACGUCAAGCGCGAGCUCAUCGAGUCCGUGCAAUACCCAGUCGACCACCCAGAGAAGUUCCUCAAGUUUGGUCUCAGCCCAUCUCGAGGUGUGCUUUUCUAUGGACCUCCAGGUACCGGUAAGACUCUUCUUGCCAAGGCUGUCGCCAACGAGUGCGCUGCCAACUUCAUCUCUGUCAAGGGCCCUGAACUGCUCUCCAUGUGGUUCGGUGAGUCUGAGAGCAACAUUCGAGACAUCUUCGACAAGGCCCGCGCCGCCGCUCCUUGCGUUGUCUUCCUCGAUGAGUUGGAUUCCAUUGCCAAGUCUCGUGGAGGCUCUGUUGGUGAUGCAGGUGGCGCCAGCGACCGUGUUGUCAACCAGCUCCUGACCGAGAUGGAUGGUAUGACCAGCAAGAAGAACGUCUUCGUCAUCGGCGCAACCAACCGUCCAGAGCAGCUCGACAACGCGCUCUGCCGUCCAGGUCGUCUCGAUACCCUCGUGUACGUUCCACUGCCCGACCAGCCAGGUCGUGAGAGCAUUCUCAAGGCUCAGCUUCGCAAGACCCCAGUCGCGCCAGACGUCGACCUCGCCUACAUUGCACAGAAGACGCACGGCUUCUCUGGUGCCGAUCUUGGUUUCAUCACACAGCGUGCUGUCAAGCUCGCGAUCAAGGAGAGCAUUGGCAUUGCUAUCGAGAACCAGAAGAAGCGCGAGGCAGAGGCAGGCGAUGACACCAAGAUGGAGGAGGAUGUUGAUGAGGAGGACCCAGUGCCAGAGCUUACCAAGCGACACUUCGAGGAGGCAAUGAGCAUGGCUCGUCGCUCGGUUACGGAUACUGAGAUUAGGCGGUACGAGGCCUUCGCUCAGAGCAUGAAGAACUCUGCCGGUGGUAGCGCAUUCUUCCGUUUCCCAGAGGGCGGCGAGAACGGUGCGGGUGCUCAGCAGCAGAAUGGUGAGGACAAUAUUUAUGACCAUCAUGACAAGUAG